CAGAAAGGCGGCAGAUAAUUCCUCUCUUACUGCCACUAGAACAGACACAGAGACGGGCGCAUUUUCACAGGCUCGCGCAUAGAGCGCCAUCAAACAUCCCUGAAGAUGGUGAAAGACCAAGAAGUGGAGCGCAUCGCUAAGAAGCUGGACAAAAUGGUGCAUAAGAAAAACACAGAUGGUGCUAUUGACCUGCUGCAAGAGCUGAAGAACAUGAAAAUGUCUUUGGAGACCAUACAGUCCACACGGAUCGGGAUGUCGGUAAACGCUGUGCGGAAACAUAGUUCAGAUGAGGAGGUGCAAACCUUGGCAAAAUCACUUAUCAAGACCUGGAAGAAACUACUGGAUGGUUCUGAUGGUAAAUCAGAGGAGAAAAAGAAAGGAGGAUCUGCUCUCCAGUCCUCCUCUUCGAAAGACUGCCCUGGAUCCAGUGACACCAGUAACAAACUAGAGACGCCAAAAACUCCCACCACCCCAGUAACACCCAAAUUCAUCACCUUCCCACCUACACCUGUCACGACUGACAGUGUGCGCACUAAAUGCAGAGAGCUGCUGGUGUCAGCCCUACAAAUUGACGAUGAUUACCAAACAAUCGGUGCAGACUGUGAACACUUGGCAGCACAGAUUGAAGAUUAUAUCUAUCAGGAGUUCAAGUCUACUGACAUUAAAUAUAAGACCAGACUGAGGAGUCGCGUAUCCAACCUCAAGGACCAGAAAAACCCAGACUUGCGCCGGAACGUUUUGUGCGGAAACAUCUCGCCAGAGUGCAUUGCCACCAUGACUGCAGAAGAGAUGGCCAGUGCAGAGCUGAAAGAGAUUAGGAAAGCACUGACCAAGGAGUCCAUUCGGGAGCAUCAACUUUCUAAAGUGGGUGGCACAGAGACUGACAUGUUCGUCUGUGGCAAGUGCAAGGGCAAGAACUGCACCUACACUCAGGUCCAGACACGCAGCGCUGAUGAACCAAUGACCACCUUCGUGCUGUGCAAUGAGUGUGGAAACCGGUGGAAGUUUUGUUAAAGACUAAAGUGACCAGGAUUCUUCAUAUCAAGAGAUGACCUGAAUUCAUAAGUGCAAGGAAGUACUAUUAUUUUUUUAGAAAAAAAAUGUAUUUCUUUUUUUAUAUAUACAUUUCUCAUAGCUCUGUAAUAUAUAAUGCGAGUAUUGCUUCUUCAAAGCAUUUUUUUGUCAUUUUAGUUUUUUUUACUGGUGUAAUAUCAUUGCUUUUCAUACAUUGCCAAUGACUUGGACUUUUGAUGAAGCGCUUGUGCCUUUGAUUUAGCAAUAAUCAGCACUCAGAGCAAUUUAAAGGAUUUAUUGGUAGUAUUUGAGCCUUAAGUUAUAAAAAUAUGUUUCUGCCUUUUAGACAGAAAAGGAACCAAUAAGAAUGUGGUACAUGAUUGAAGAUUCAUAUGUAUUAUAUGAAUAACUGGACUGUUUUGUCUCAGUAAAUUUGUGCAUCUAAUGCUAAUAAAAAUGUUGG